CACCCCCACCUCUCUAAUGAGGCAUUGUUGAUCGCCACGACCUUAGGCAUCGCGCAAAGCUUCUAAGAUGUCGUCGCAAACCCCAGAUGCGUCUGUAGACGCGAAGGCAGAAGGAUCUGCUGUCCCUGAGAGCAAUGCGACAGCUACUGAGCCUGAGCCUGCUUCCGCGCCUGAGACUGCGCCUGAGACUGCGACUGCGACUGAGAAUACGACCGAGACUACGACAGCGCCUGAGCCCGAGCCCAAGUCUGAGUCUGAGCCUACGACAGCGACAGCCCCAGCAGCUGGCAUUAGCAAAGAGACCGCAGAGAUCAUGAAUGGGAUUGUGCGUUACUUGACCGAGUAUCGCAAUGAAGACGGACACGAGAUCUCAGCUGUCUUUCAGCGCAUGGUCAACAAGAGAAUCCUACCUGAUUACUUUGAAAUUAUCAAGGAGCCGGUAGCAUUCAGUACAGUUAGGAACAAAAUUCUCAAAAAGCUUUAUAAGAACUUCUCGGAGUUCGUCCGCGAUUUCGCUCUGAUUUCGCAUAACGCGCAAGUCUACAACCGCCCAUCCGCCCCUGUUUAUAGUGACGCCCUUGCUCUUCGAGAAUUAUUCAAAGCCGAGUUGAAGAAGUUGGUUGACAAAGGGGUUAUAACGGAAGAAGAGGCAACGCUACCAGACCUCGGAGCAAUCCCCGAAGUCGAAGACUCCCCCCCACCAGCGCUCGAAGAAGAGGAAGUGGAGGAUGAUGAAGAUGAUGACGAGGAAGAGGAAGACGACGACGAAACCGAUGACGACCGGCAUCGACGAGGUAAAAGGAAGCGCCGUCGAUCUUCAGCUGCACAGGCCAGAAAGUUAGAUGAGGCCGGCAAAGACGAUCUUGAUGCCCAGAAGAAACGCGGCCGGCCACCCAAGGUCCACACGCCCAUGGAGGCCCGCAUCAACAGUAUCCUGAAAGGCUUGAGGAAAUUCAAGAAUCCUGGUGGCGAUCUUAAGAUACUACCUUUUGAGAAGUUGCCAGACAAGUCCGUAAUGCCAGAGUACUACCAAGAGGUCAAGAAUCCGAUCGCAAUGGACUUAAUCAAGAGAAAAGCCAAGAGGAAGAAGUAUCUCUCGGUAGAUCAAGCCCUGAAGGAUUUGGAUCUUAUGUUUGAGAAUGCCAAAGAGUAUAAUCUCGAGUCCAGUCAGGUCUACAAGGAUGCUGUGGACUUGCAACGAGAAGCCCACAUCCUUGCCGAGCAAGAGAAGAAGAAGCCAGAUAGUGAUUUCGUGGAUGAAGAUGGCAAGCUUCCCUUGCCAGAAAUAUUCUAUAAUGGCGAGUUCUGGAAAGUUGGCGACUGGGUUCAUUUGACAAACGGCAACGACGUUACGAAACCAAUCGUUGCCCAGAUAUAUCGUACCUGGCAGGAUUCGGAAGGCCAGAAAUGGAUCAAUGCUUGCUGGUAUUACCGCCCGGAGCAGACAGUCCACCGCUACGAGAGGCACUUCUAUGAGAAUGAGGUUGUCAAGACUGGACAAUACCGAGACCACAAGAUUGAGGAGGUUGUGGAUCGCUGCUUUGUCAUGUUCUUCACUCGGUAUAAUAAAGGUCGUCCACGUGGAUUUCCGCCUGACAAGGAGGUUUAUGUUUGCGAGGCUCGCUAUAACGAAGACAAGCACAAAUUGAACAAGAUCAAGACUUGGGCUAGCUGCGUUCCUGACGAGGUCCGAGAGAAAGACUACGAGAUGGAUCUCUUUGAUGUUCCUCGAAAGAUGAAGAAGGUCCCAAGUCCAAUCAAGCACCUGCUUCGAGAAGACGCGAAAGAGGAUGAUCCCUUACCAAAGCCAACUUGGGGUGUACCCAACGCACCACCUAUUGUUGGAGCUGUCCACAGACGCCCACGCGAACCCAACGAAUCUCCACCGCCAGAACCAACCCCUUCACCCCCUCCACCUUCACCCGAACCUGUUCGCCGACCUCCCACAGGUGACAGACAACGAUAUGACUCUCAAGGAGAUACAGCAAUGUCUGGAACCCACAUAACUGCUCCUCUUCCAUCGCCUCACGCAAACCCCAGUCAAAUUUCCUCUCAAGCCUCAUAUGGCCAGCAGUUCACUCCAUCUCGACCAUCGGCCUCUCCAGCGCCGGUGCCGCUUCUGCAGCAACACAAUUCCUACAGUCCACAUGCAUCUAUUUCCCAUUCAAUACCACAGACCCCGCUUUACCAGCCUCAGCAGACGUAUACCCCAUACCCCGCGGCUAGUACAACUCCGGUUGCCCAGCAUGCCAAUCAUAUUGCCACCUACAAUCACUACCAGAAUGUUAGCCCCGCUCCACGUGCUACCCCACAACCUUCAACUUCGCAUAGCGCUCAUGCAAAUGCAAAUGCCUACAAUCCGCCUCGCCAGUCCGAAAUUUACACUCUUGCCGAUCCCGCUAACGCGGCCCUUCCGGCUGACAUUCGUGAACAAUUUCACACUGAUGAUUACGGAAAGGUUCUGUUCUUCACAACUCCUCCACUCGACGUCAAUCCUAUUCCAGAGGAGAAGCGGGCUCUUGGUCAUAGUCUGCGCUAUUUAGCCGACAAAGCCCGCAACAGAGAAGAGGAUGAGAGGAAGCGCAAGGAGCGUGCUGCCCAGUUAGAGGCCGAGGCCACCGCACGAUUGAAGCGGUUCAAGGCCGACGAGGAGGGCAAGAAGCAAUGGAUCUUUGAUCAGAAAGUCCAGGCUUUGCAUAAGUGGGCCGAGAACAUGGAUCGGGGAACGGACGAGUUGUACAAAAAGAUGCACGGCGAGGAUUGGAAGGAGAUGCGGGAGUUGGACUUGUGCAAGCUCGCAGUUAAGCAAGAAGAGGCGUUCAAGAAGCAGAAAGAACACGAAGCAUGGGAGAAGGAGAUGAAGGAGAGGAGACAAGUCAAGGUUACUGGGUUCAAGUGGAUCUGAUUUGGGCGUGCGCAGAAAGUAUGGGGAAUGGUUCAUGAACUCUUAUGUUCUUUGUACAAUAGUCAAAAUGCUGGCUUGUGGGAGUUCAAAGGCGUGUACGGACUAUGAUAAAUGCGGAUAUCGAAUGGGAUUGCCAUAGAUAAUACCACGAGUUAUUUCAAGGGCGUAAUUGGUGUUAGUGUCCAUUGACAACCUCGAGUUCUUCGAC